AUGUCAACAAGUUCGCUCACGGUCACGGCUGAGGCUUCCCUUCUCAUCAGGUUAUCACGACUUUCAUCGGGCAUGCAUGCCUACGAAGGACCCCUGCCCCUCACGCUGCUUUAUCAGGACGACCGUAGGGGUCAACUUGAAGCUGCCACACUGCUCUCGCUGGCCGCGAAAGACGACAUUGACGUCGAGGCUGCGGACGACAUCACCCACGGACCGCGGACGAAGAUAGCAGUCCUCUUCGUCACCCGCACCCUCAUCUACACCACUGUCCUGGUCGACUUCAAAUGCACCUCCGUCGGAGAGGUGGAUGCUGCUAGCCGCGGCAUCGACCGCCGAAGGGCAGGAAAGACAUUUCGUGGAAUUCAAGCGCGACCGGGCGUCAUCACGACGCUCUACGGCAAGACAUGCUGUAAUUCGAAGGGCUGUUUGCACGUGUGGGAUCCGUCGCAGCCGUCCUGCGACUUCUCCCUUCCGUCGUGUCCGCUCGCUGACGGAUUUCCAAUCCGUUGUCCCGUCGCGCAUCGCCGGCUAGCAAAUCCCACCUCGAUCGAAACUGCGUCCUGGUGUCCGAGGCUCUCCAUGAUGCCGGUAGUGCUGAAGGUGCACAGCAGACGCGUCUGUCCCAGCGAUGGCCAGCCCGGCAUGGGCUUUGACCUCACAUCUGCUACCAAGAUACGUCUGCGGUCGGACAGAGACCUCCAUACUUUACUCCUCUCGUCGCUGUCGAAAAUGACGACGCGCCGCCCCCACCUCUGGAUGCUUCCCGCUCUAAUUCUCGCGGGCGCGAUUGCGCGCGCAUAUACGCACCUCGAGUUCAGGAUAUCGCAUGUACCCUCGAUAUUUGCGCCUAUCGGGCUCCACCCCGAAGACCUCGUGAAACCGAGACGCCUCCUGCCAUUCCCCGCGAUGUCAAAGCUUGAAUUAGUAUUUCUGGAAGACUCGUCUCGCGCGCGAAGAGGUCGACUGCCCCAAAUGCAAAUUGACACGGCAACUAACACGGCGGCGGCGCGCAUCUCGCUGCUCAUCGACGCCAAGGGCAACGAGUGUAACAAGAGCGACGAGGAGCUGGACUUGUACGAGCUUGACGACCUUCCAUUACUUGACGGUGUCUGCCAGGAGGCCCUUCCCCUCUUCGCAUCCGUCACCUUUGUUUGGCGCCAGAUGUACGAGGACGCCGUCGUAUUCCUGCAGUUCUCCAUCGUCAACCCGGGGAGGGUUGCGGGGGCAGGCGAGCUACUCAUUACGAAGCGCACGCCCGUCUAUGUCGGCAUGAGCGCGGCAAACAAGUCGGCCCCGAUCUGA